GCAUUGGUUUUUUUCGUGCCCCAUCAAUAAUAAAGUUCAUCCAUGACGGUGUAUUUUUUUACGCAAACGCCAGGAAAUGCAUUGAAUCUCCCGGAGGAGGUAGCCACUUUGGUGGACUGCGUGCGAGGUGUGCCGGAGAGGGGGGCUACUGUGUGCGGAAAGUCGGCCAAAGGGAGCGCCUCCACGGAAGCGUUUUCAGAGCGAGCGCGAGUGCUAAAGACGAAGAAAUGAAUUCCCUCUGUCAAAUGGCUAUUCCGCCAACGGAGAAUGGUCUUCACCAGGAAAAAGUUGCUAUUCUCGAUGCUGGAUCUCAGUAUGGAAAAGUUAUCGACAGAAAGGUCCGUGAACUUCAGGUGGAAUCGGACAUCCUACCCCUGAAUACGGCAGCUUUAGUGCUAAAGGAGCAAAACUACCGGGGCAUCAUUGUUUCCGGCGGCCCAAAUUCCGUCUAUGCCCUCGAUGCGCCCCAAUACGAUCCGGCCAUCUUCAAGCUCGGCAUUCCAACACUCGGCAUCUGCUAUGGGAUGCAAAUGAUUAAUAAAGAGUUUGGGGGUACAGUCAAUAAGAAGGAGGCGCGCGAGGAUGGACAAAUGGAGGUCACCGUGGAGACAUCCUGUCCCCUUUUCAAUCGUUUGAACAACACUGAGACGGUUUUACUGACUCAUGGCGAUAGCAUAGAUCGCAUCUGUGACAAAUUCAAAGUGUCUGCCAUGUCUAAGAAUACAAAUAUCGUGGCGGGCAUCUACAACGAGCAAAUGCACAUUUAUGGCGUUCAAUUCCAUCCAGAGGUGGACUUGACUGUAAAUGGAAAGCAAAUUCUCUCAAAUUUUCUCUUUGACAUUUGUGGCUUGUCGAAACGCUUCACACUGCAAAAUCGAAAAGAGGAGUGCAUAAAGGCGCUCAAGGAGAAAAUUGGCAAUAAAAAAGUCCUGCUUCUUGCAAGUGGAGGUGUUGAUUCGACUGUCUGUGCAUCUCUGCUCAUAAAAGCCGUGCCUCUAUCUCAAUUAUACGUUGUUCACAUAGAUAAUGGAUUCCUGAGGCAAAAUGAGAGUGAAGACGUUGAAAAGUGUCUCAAUGAGAUUGAUAUAAAUGUGAUUGUGAAGCGAGCCCACCAUCAUUUUCUCAAUGGGACAACAACAAUAAAGCAACCUGGUUCGCAUUACAGCACAGAUACGCCAAUGCUGUCGAUGACAACAAAUCCGGAGGAUAAGAGAAAAAUAAUUGGGGAUGUUUUUGUUAAGGUAACAGUUGAGGUGAUGAAUGAGUUGAAUUUGAAGCAAGAGGACAUCCUCCUGGCACAGGGGACACUGAGACCGGAUUUGAUAGAAUCAGCAUCGGCACUCGUGAGUACGAAUGCCGAUACAAUUAAGACACAUCACAACGAUACAGAUCGCAUCAGGGCCCUUCGUGAUGCGGGUCGUGUGGUGGAGCCCCUGAGAGACUUUCACAAGGAUGAAGUACGUGCUUUAGGAUAUGAUUUGGGUCUACCAAGUAAACUGAUAGAACGACAUCCCUUCCCGGGGCCAGGAUUAGCUAUUCGAAUCCUAUGCGCCGAUGAGCCCUACAUCGAGAGGAAUUUCUCCGAAACACAGGUCAUUGCCCGUGUGAUAGUGGAUUACAAUCAAAAGCUCCUGAAGAAUCAUGCGCUGCUGAGUCGUGUGUCGGGUACGACGUCACCGGAAGAGCAGAAGGAACUGCGGAGGAUCUCUAGUUCGAUAAAACUCACAGCAACUGUUCUGCCAAUAAGGAGUGUUGGGGUGCAGGGCGAUAAGCGUUCGUAUAGCUAUGUCGUAGGAAUUUCGAGUGAGGGUACACCAAAUUGGCAGGAUCUCAUGUUCCUUGCCAAGAUAAUACCGCGCAUUUUGCACAACGUCAAUCGAGUUUGUUAUAUAUUUGGCGAUCCUGUACAGUAUCAAAUCACCGAUAUCACACACACCCAUAUUUCGCGCAAGACGUUGGCUCAGCUCAGAAUUGCCGAUGCGAUUGUGAAUGAGGCACUGCAAGCUUACGGUUGCAUCAGACGCAUCUCGCAAAUGCCUGUAGUAUUAAUUCCACUUCACUUUGAUCGUGAUCCAGCCAACAGGAUGCCAUCGUGUCAGCGCUCAAUUGUGCUGCGGCCGUUCCUAACGAAUGACUUCAUGACUGGCGUUCCAAUUCUACCUGGUUCCGAGAAUCUACCCAUGAAUGUCGUGGAAAAGAUAGUUCGUGAUAUUCUGUGCGUAUCUAGCAUUUCUAGGGUGUUAUAUGAUUUGACGCCUAAGCCACCAGGCACAACAGAAUGGGAAUGAUUCUCUUCCCAUUUGUAUCUCAGUUUAUCAUCAACAUUUCUGUCAUCUCUGUAGUUGUUCAAAGGACGCCGCAGCAGCAGCAAAAUGGGGAGAGAAUCCUGUCGCGUAACAAAAAAAAGCAGUGUUAAAUACAAUUUAUGCGGGCACACAGUGUUCAUUGCAUAACUCCAGAAGAUCUGUAGAGAGAGAGAGAGUGAGCAUAAAAGAAGCAUUUACAGCAUGGCAAUUUGGAGAAGAAAAAAAAAGAAAGUGAAAUACAUUUAUUUAAUGGACAAAAUGAAAAAAAAAAGGAGAAAUAUUGGUGAAGACAGCGAAUUUCAAGGAAACCCGCAUAGAGUUAUCGUAAAUUGCCACAUAAAUGGGAAUAAUUUAAUUUGUUGUGUGUGCGAAUGAGAAAGGGGAUAGGAUGGUUUGCAGAGAGAGCGGGGGAAUGUUGACACAAAAAAACAUCCGCGUUCAUUGGGGAUGUGAAAGGGAAGAAGAAAAAAAAGAGUUUUAGAAAUUUUCAAUCGGAGAAAAAAACAUAGAAAGGAUGAAAAGAAGAAGAAAAACUACAGGACACUGAUAAAAGUAGAUGGCGCAUUAUGUACGUUUUAUUAAAUUUUAAACUAAUAUUUAUAUAAUUACAAAAUAAAAUUAUUGAAAUAGAAAAAAAAAACGAAGAAAAGUGAAUUAAAGAAAUAUCCAGCAGUGAGGUGUUCUCAAUCGUUGAAAUAUUCUAAAUUAGUCAAAGAAAAUCCCUCUAAAUUUAAUUUAAUUGUGAUUUAUAGAAUCCUCAAAGGUUUUUCUUUCCACUUUCUUUGCGUACUUAAAGAAUCAAAAUUCAUUUUAACUCUCCACGACGCGAAGGUGCUAAAAUAGUAAAGAUUCAUGGAGAUUUCUUUCUUUCAAUCAAUGAGGUAAAUUCUGAUAAAAAUCUUUUCUUUUCUAACAACUUAAAAGGUGUAAGAUUCUGACAGAUGGAGUUCUAUAAAAGAAAAACAAGUUCCAGAAAAAUUCAGAAAGGACUUUAAAGAGCCUUGGAUAAUAAAUUUUCUUUCAGAAACCCGUUUAACCCUUGGAGGAUUUUGCUAGCCAAAGUGGCCAAUUCGAUUUUUUUUUCAAUGGCCAGAGAAUUAAAAUUUAUUUAACAUUUCGUGAAAAUUUCUACAUCUGUGUAUGGGGAAGAUUCAUUGCUUCAAUAUCGUCGAAAGAAAACUUGGAAAAAUAUAUUUUCUUUUCAGAUAAAAUGAAGGUGAAACUUUUGAGGUUAGAAAUCUCGAUCCUUCAGUGUUGAAGAAAGAAAUAAGAUGUCAAAAUGUUAUAAGAUUUUUCCCAGAAUACUAAAAAUCUUAUAACUGACGAAUUUUAAGGAAAGAAAAGUAAAGACUUGUAUCAGAUUCUACCACAAUAGUCAAAGAAUUCUUUUUCGCUGAUGGUUUCACCGACAAAAGAGCCGCCCUUAAGAACUUUCCCAAAACUGCUGGAUGUUUCAAUACAAAGAAUAAGGAAAAAACAAUCCCAUGUGAGAAUUCUCUUUCAGUGAUGCUUUGUUGUAACAAAAAGAAAGAUCUUUAGAAGGAAUCGAAGACGAGAGACACAACAUUCUUUGUAAAAUGCCAAAUUCUUGACAAUUUUUUUCGCUUUGUUUCUUAUUUUCCGUGAAAAAUGAAAAUUUAUAAAUUCAACAAAAAUCAUAACGAGUUCUUGGAGCCUCACAAAGAGGGAUUGAUGUGACAAAUCAAAUAAAAAUCCCCAAAAAAGGCAUUUUUAAGGAAA